AUUCCCUAAAACUUAAUCAGUAGUACGCAAGAAAGCAUCUCUGGGAUACGUUUAGGCUGGAUGUUUUUCUGUUUUGCAUAUUACAUCGCCUUCACCUACGCUAACAGCUCACCAUUCUCCUUAAUGCACUGAUACCCAAUUCUCCCAAACAUUGUCAUUUUAUCAAUUGGUUUGCACUAUAGGAACAUUCUUGUAAACUUUCAUUUACAGUGUUGUUUCCUUCUGAGGUGAAAACUUUCAAGUUGGCUUGUUUAGUGAACAAUCUGCUAUAAUGCCGGCGGAAUUGCGUUCUUUCAGGAACGAUAAUGAAACUAUUGAUCCUCUUGAACGUUCAAACCUAAGUCUCGCGUCGCUGGAGCAAUCUUUCGCACCGAAUCCUUCAAAUGUUCAUCAGGAUUUCAAUAGUAAAUUCGCGUUGUCUUCUACACCUGUCUCGCAUCCUACGGCGUCUACUCCUCAUAAUAAACGUGAGUUUACUCCUCUGUUAGCAUCAGCGAGCACAUUGACCCGACCAUCUUUACACAAUGCUACUGAAGGACUUACAUUUGAUAAUCAUGAAUCCACCUUUGGCGUUCAUGAUUCUAGAACUUCUGAUGUUUUAAGUUUAGGUGCAAGAGACGCUACUAUAAUGAAUCAUUCUAAAAUAGAGCAAGAGAUUAUUGCUCCUCCUGCGCCAAAUUGCGAAGAUGAACCUCCAGCGGGAAAUGCUUUAACUCUAAGAGAACAAGAAGAGGAAAUGAAUGCCUUGAAAAAGGACAACUGGGGUUUAAAGUUCAAGAUUCAUUUUCUUGAGCAACGACUGCAAACACUAGCUCCCGACAAUAUAAAGAACGUGCUUAAAGAGAAUGUUGAAUUACGUGUCGAAUUUACGAAGCUUCAAAUUGAACACAAAAAACAAAAGCAAGAAUUAGACACACUGAAGAAGGAAGGCUCUAAACCAGUACAGGAAGUGACACAUAACUCAUUUUUUAUACACAGACAACAAGAAUUGGAGGAUGAAAUUCAACGGUUAACGGAUGAAAACGAACAACUUCGAAAACACGAAACGUCUGCAUACGGAAAAGCAGCAGAUCAUGAGUAUGAAAUGAACCAAAUGCAAAAUCGCAUUGAUGAACUUGAAGAAGAACUUGAUGUUGCUCAAGGGAUUUUGGACGAAAAGGAUGAAGAAAUCCAAACACUUAAAGAUCAUACACAAGAUGUGACUAAGGAAGAUGAUUCACACCUUCAUGAAGAGAUUGAAGAAUGGAAAGGAAAAUAUCUUGAUCUUCAACAUGAGCACGCUCAGUUAGAGCAUGAGCUUGAAGAUGUUCGUUCCGAAUUAAAUGAUGCCAAGGGAAAACUUUCAUCUUCGUGUUCUGAGUCAGAGAAACAGCUUUUACAAUCGGAGCUUUCGUCUGCAAAACAUGAAUUGGACGAGGUGAAUUCUCGUUGUCAAGAUUUGGAAUCUGAGCUUCGACAGCAAAAACAAGAGAUGGAGAAGGCGAAUGUUAGUUUAAACGAUGAACUUAAUAAUUUGAUGAGAGAAGUGGAAUCACAUAAACGGACGUCUCGUCAAUUAACAGACAAAGUUGAUGAACUACAAAAUGAGAACUCCUCUUUAAAGUCGAUGUCUCAUACCAUGAAUAACCAAAUAGAGUUGUUGCGUGUACAGCUUACCAACUCAGAAAAAACAAAUGAACAACUGAAGGCUGAAUUAGAAGAAGUUGGUAAACGCAAUAAUCUUGAGCUUUAUGAUAGAAUCAACGUUUUAAGCAAACAACUUUCUCAAGAGAAAGCGACAACUUCAGAAAAGGCAGUUGCUCUCCAGGAGCUAGUGGACAAAGCUUCUGCUCUAAAGGAGAAGUUAGAAAAAGCAACUAGCGAACGAGAUGAUGCUCAACAACAAGUCUCCUCUCUGCAGAAAGAGUUGCGCACACAACGUCUGAAUCUUGAAAGCACUGUCCAAAGGCUUAACAAUAUGAAUUUGGAUAAAGAGAAGGUUGAAAAGGCCGUUUCUAAAGGCGAAACUAAUCUUGUAAAAGAUCAACGGCGUAUUAUCGAAAGUUUGCAGAAGGAUCUUAAUGACAGUCGUACGAACACUUUGGACUGCCAGAAACGUUUGGAUGAGUGUCAACGAGAGCUUCACAGUGCGCAACGAAAAAUACAAGCCCUUGAACAAGAGAAGGAAUUAUUGAAGAUUCAGUCUGCCAAAGAUGAUGAGAACGCAUUUAAUGGUAAUAAGGAGGCUUUACAAUCGCUCACUCAACAACUGCACCAAACAAAAAUGGAGCUUAAUGACUUAGAAGAUGAGCUUAUGGUAAGCGAAAAGCAACGAGAUGAUGCCUUGGUAUUAAAGGAACAAUUGCAACAAAAAUUGGAUGAGAAACGUGAAGAAAAGUUACGAUUAGAAUCUAAGGUUACGGACCUGGAAUCAGAAGUGGUCGAAUUGAAAGGAUUACUACGCAUUCGUGAUGCCAAUUUGAACACACUAAAACAGAAAUUCUCUAAAAUUUCAGAUGAAGCAUUGCCUGUAGACAAGAAGUCAACGCAAGUCGAUGAAUUACGAGAGAAGAUUUCUCAAAUAUCGAAAGAGUUGGCACAACAACGAACAAAUGCAGAGAACUUAGAGCUUGAAAAUGGUCGCUUGACCAAUCGUAUAGCUGUUCUGGAUCGUCAAAUAGACGGUCUAAAGAACAAGUCUAAGGAGGUUUGCUCACGUCUCGCAGCACUUGUUGAAAGCGGUGAAAAAACAGAGGAUCUAGACAUCGUUUGUCUUCUGAUUGAACGUUACUUACGAACCAAGGGAAACAAAAUCAGAACAUUAGAGCUUGAUUUGGAAGACAAGGAGCGUAUUUGCAAGGAUUUGGAACGUCGAAGACUGUCUUUGGAAAAACGAAUUUCUCAAAAGUCUAGCCAACCUUUACAGAAUUCGAUGGAUCAAAACAAGCUAUUGUCUUCCUCAAAUAAGGAAGAACUCGAAUCAAAACUACAAGCAGCGGACAAAAAACUGCGCAUGUUGUCUAUGGAACACGAAAGCUUAAUUAAGGACUUCGAGAAACUAACUGCCGAGCGUAUUGACUUGAAGGCUAUUCUUUCCGAAAAUGAGAUUCGUCUUCGCAGUCUUCAGAGUGAAACUCAGGAUUUGCAAGCAACACAAACACAACUGAAGUCCGAGCUUCAGCGUGAAAGAAAGGAAAAACAAACGAUGGAGAAGGUGUUUAACGAAGAACGUGAGAGGAUUACUUCUCUUUCAGAUAAGCUCAUCAAGCAAAAGCAGCUUUUGCGUGAGGAACUCAACAAACGUACGCAGGAUUUGUGGACACUGGAGGAAAGAAUGCAACAAACGCAUUCUGAAACAACCAGCCGCGCGCAUUCUGUUUCUCGUCUUCAACGGAACAUAGAGGAGCUUAAAGUUACCCUAAGUUCCAGACAAGGAAAAAUUGAGAGACUCGAAGGGGCCUUAGACACAAAAGAACAGCGGCUUAGGGCGUUGGCACAUAAGUUAUCUGACUUUAAACAAAGAUGGAGGGACUGCCGUACUGAGUAUAAACGAGAACUUGAAGCUCGACACAAGGAAGAGCUCCAGAGUUUGGUGAAAAACACGAAAUAUCUUCAAGCAAAAAUAUCUCGAGAACGGAUGUUUCGAAUCGAUCUUAUUUUUGCGAAAAAGUUUAUUCUCACUCAGAUAACAGGUUACGAGUCUUGUAAUAAAGUGAAUCUUCGUAUGCUCCAGAAGAUCGGCAUUUCGCCAGACCUGGAGACAGAGAAAAAGCAAAUAUCACUACGUUCUGUCAUUCUUUUGGUCUGUUUUAUUCAACGUCUCCGUCUCCUUUCCCGGAAAUGGGCUGUGCAAUAUGCACUCAGGGAACCAUUGAGACAAGCACUAGCUCAGAAACGGGCAGAUCAUUAAUUCGUUACGAGAUGGUAUUUAUUAUAUGUACUUUUAGCAUGAACUUGUAAUUAUGUGUUACACUUAAUGGUUAUUCUUCUUAAUCGUGAAUUAUAUAUCGUUCACACUUUCAUGAGUAAGUCUGGACAUAAAAUAGAGAAGUAAGAGUUUAAGAUAAAAGCAGUAAUUCCCCAGAUUCGAGGAACACAUUCCAAGU